CAUGUUUCAGAGAUUAAGGCGACAAGACGAAAGAAGUGGAGACAACUUUUCAUGCAACGACGUACACUACACGUUCGAUUUCUCACAAUAUGUCAAAUUACCCCACCACACCAGAGAAAAAGGCCCGACAUACUUUAUUCAACCCAGAAAAAUCCAGAUCUUUGGAUACAGAGUGGAUGGAGACAAACAGUACAACUUCCUUAUUGAUGAGAAUGAGACAAUAGGACGUGAUGGCCAAUUGGUACAUGGACCUGACGCUGUAAUAUCUAUGUUAGACCAUGCAUUUGCCAACUAUAGUCUGGGUGAAAAUGAGUGUAGCUUGCAUGCAGACAACUGCUUUGGUCAAAACAAGAACCGUUACGUCCUCGGUUACCUGUCUUGGAGAAUUAUGACGCAGCGUCACCAGAAAAUCACGUACAUGAUGCAACUUCCUGGACACACACGGUGUUUGAUCGAUGCAGGAUUUGGGAACAUUAAGACACUGUACCGUAGGAAGGAUUGUGACACAUUACAACAUAUAGCUGAAGUCGUUAGCAACAGUUCCCAUAGUAACCAGCCUGUUACCUAUGGCGGAGGAAGUGGAUGGGUUUGGAGGGCAUGGAAAACUUUCAUUGGUGAUAGAUUUAAGAAAGUGCACAAUGUCGCAAAAUAUCACUUCUUCCGUUUUAGUUCUGAGGAGCCAGGGGUUGUGUACAUGAGGCAGUCAGCUGUUGAUGAAAACGAGGUGCGCUUCGUUAUUUGCAAAACGCACCUGUUGGAGAUGGCCAGAGAUGACGUCCCGUCUCAGAUAGUUCCUCCCGGUCUUUCUGCUGAACGUGUGCGUUACCUGUACCGGCACGUGCGUCCUCUAGUCAGACGACCAUUUCAGGAUGUUUUAUGCCCUGCUCCAGAAGAGUCGUAA